GGCGCUUCUGCGAACCGCCCCGCCCAGCCGCCCCACGCCACAUGCGAGUAGCGCAUGCGCAGGGAACGCUCGGCCGGCGCUGGCUCUGGCCGCAUUGUAUUGUGGGAGAUGUAGUCCUGGCGCCAUUCCCGCUGCGGGGACUCGGUGAGGCGUGAGGUCCUCGAACUACUAUUCCCAGGAUCCCCCGAGGUUUCCCAACUUACUUUGCAAAGGCAUGGCGGGGAGAGUGUGGAUGUCAGUACGGGAGGUAAUUAAAGUACUUUAAUUCCAGUAAAAAGAGCGCCGAAGAGAAGAAGAAGAGGAAACAGCUUCUUUUGGGAGCUAACGUUUUUGCCGAACACGCCGUGCAGAAUUACCGGUGUGAAUGCGUAGACCUGAGUACAGUCCGGCGGCGUGUGUAUUAGGUGGUGAAGCUGUGCUGUUCAUAAUUGUCACCUUUCCACAGCGGACCGGCUUUCCGUGAACAUGAUUUGUGCUUUGUUACGAGCUGUACAGUGUGCGGAGAAGCUGCGCAGAUCCUCCGGGAAGCGGCUCUUUCUGCCACACUUAGUGCUCAACAAAGCCGGCCUGAAGACUGCGCCCGGUUUGAGCUGGGGUCUCCGAGACCCGAAGAAGACGGUGCGCCGUGAAGGUGUCCCCGGCGUGACCCGGAGAACCAUCUGGACGCAGGGGCAGAGCCCCCCGAGGGCGGAAGAGGACGGCAGCAAGCAGGUGUCCGUGCACAGUAAGACCGGGGAGACCGUCCUCUCCGCGUCACAGAAAGUGAAAGAAGCCGGCAGGGACUUCAGCUACCUGGUGGUGGUGCUGCUUGGAAUCGGCAUCACAGGUGGCUUGUUUUACACGAUUUUCAGAGAACUGUUUUCUUCGUCCAGUCCUAGUAAGAUCUACGGGAAGGCCUUAGAAAAAUGCAGAUCGCACCCCGAGGUGAUCAGUGUCUUCGGCGAGCCCGUGAAGGGCUACGGGGAGAUGACGCGCCGUGGGCGAAGGCAGCACGUCAGCUUCAUCGAGUAUGCCAAGGACGGGCUGAAACACAUGCGCGUGAAGUUCUACAUCCAGGGCUCCGAGCCAGGGAAGCAAGGAACGGUGCAUCUUGAAGUGAAAGAGAACCCGGAAAGUGGCGAAUAUGAAUUUCGAUACAUAUUUGUUGAGCUCGAGCCCUUCCCUGGAAGAACUAUUGUCAUCGAAGACAAUCGGUCCUGAGGGACUGCGGGGCUCGGCGUCGCGGGUUCCUGGCGGAUGCGGAAGCGCUCACACCCACAGGCUGGUCUAGACCCUGCUCUCCUCCCGAGUCUAUAGAGUAAGACACGAAAGAGCAUGUAGCUCAUAAGAGUGAGUGUAACGGUAGUAGUUGCAUUUAGACACACUGAAGUGUAGACGGCAAAAUCAUGAAAUAGAACAUAUUUUAUGUUCUCUCCGAAUCAGUCGUGGACAGUAUUUCUGCUCUGAUGAACAUCAUCUUUCACGAUAAGAAAUUUUUGUUAUUAAACACUUUACACCAUGUAAAUAAGAAAAAAAUUCAGUAUUUUAUGCUUUUAUGUCAUAGGACUUUGUAAAAUCUAUGAAAUAAAGCCAAAACUAA